UGACAACUAAUUUUUAUAAGUGAACAGUUUCCAUAUUGGAGAUGCUUGGAACUCAAUCAUUUGAAGCGAGUUUACACGUCUUGCUACAUGAAAAAAGAAGCCGUAAGGAAAGGGGAUAAAUCGCUGUCAUCAAAACCCUAAUUAACAGAGAAAAAGGAAAAAUUGAAGAAGAAUGGCAGGUCAUAUGUCGGUCGAGGUAGCCAAGACGGUGUUGGAGGUGGCCGACGUGGUGUGGACCGCCGUCGAGUGCUGCCACCACCAUCACCACGACCACGAUUCGACGGUAUUGCCGCCGGAAACCAAAGAAAGAGGGGAUUUUGAUGUGCAAACGCUGCGCUCCGAAAACGAUCGGCUACAUCGAUUGCUCGAGAAAAACCUCAAUCUUCUCCACCAGAUAUCGGCUUCACCCACUCUGUUACAUAAUUGCCCAUCGGAUCUUCAUGAUCGGAUUUUAUACGCUGUUAAUUCUGAAAGCUUCUUGAAUGAGCUUGAAUUUCUCCGUCAGAAAUCUACUUGCUCGUUCCCUUUCGAUGACCCAUCAGGUGCUGAUCUUGAGAAAGCUGAGGUUAUGAUUAAUGUCGAUAAUGAGGAACCCAGUUGGUGGGUUUGGGUUUCGGAGGACACUAAUAAUGUUGAAGAGAAGAGUGGGAUUGACAGUGAGAAUUAUGUAGUUGUAAGUGAAGAACAUGUUGUGGAUGGUGUGGCUAACUUUAUGGCUAGGUGUAUUUUAGCGAACCCAAAAUCGCUGAAUUUGAGCCCUAUCGAGCUACAAAAAGCCUUGACGAAAACGCUCAGGGGCAUGAAUAAAGUUGAGAAAAUGAUGAAUAUUUGGCUUGCUGGAAAGAUGUUUUACACCCUAGCUACAUGGGGUCUUGUUAUGGCAAGUUUGUACCAAGGUCGAGCUAUUCUGAAAGUUGCUGCCCAUGGGGUCCAUCACACAAGCAAGAUUGCAUUGAAGGUCUUGUAAAUUGUGAUACAAAGGGGUCUAUUCUUGUGUGUGUAAAUUUGAAUGUAACUCUAGUUUGCUGUUUAAGUUGUAAAGACCCACUUUAUUGUCAAAUGUACA